GGACUCCUACGGGGUUUUUUUAAAGUCAGUUACAUACUCGGUGUACCCUCCUUGCUGAACCCCGUGAUCCUCAAAAUACAACAACAAAGUGGGGAGAAGAUGGCGAGUGGGGAGGGGACAGAACAGACCUGUGCUUCCUCCUCUGUUCUGCGUCUAGAGGCUCUCUUCUCACCCGAAGAAGCCGAGCAUGCUGGCGGAGAUGGGAACCCAGAGCUAAUGCGCCUGCGAGACUAUCUUCAGGGAUGGCUGUCGCAGUAUGAGCCCGUGAUCCUGUGGGUACAGAGGCUGCUGGUGUGGGAGAGGCCGCUUCACAGCAUCUUCGUUGCAUUCAUGCUGAAUACCGCGUUCUGGCUGUUGUCGUCCACGACCAUGCGGCCGCUGUUUCUUCUGAGCGUGUCUCUCCUCGGGCUGGUGCUGUUGGAAAAGUGGAAGCACAAGUUACCCCUUAUUUCGGUCCCACAUCCUGAAGUGUCCACAGCUGAAAGGGAAGGCAGAGGCAUUCGCCCGCGGCUACUCAGCGUCGCCGAACUCAGCCACCAUCUGGCGGAGAGCUACCACACCUGCUACCUCCACCUGCAGGAGAUGCUCCUGUACAAACGGCAGAACCACGGAAAGUUCUGUGGGCUCAUGUGUGCAGGGUGCCUGCUCCUGGCUGUGGUGGGACACUAUGUGCCAGGAGUCAUGAUCUCCUACAUAAUAUUGCUGAGUGUGCUGGUGUGGCCCCUGGUGGUGUACAAUGAGCUGAUCCAGAAGAUGUACACCGGACUGGAGCCCAUCCUGAUGAAGCUGGACUACAGCAUGAAGGGAGACACCGAGCACCACAAGCACGACAAGAAGAAAGUGAAGAAGGAGUCGGAGGGUAGUGACGAGCCAAGGGCGGAGACCGAGAGCGAGAGUGAAGAGGAGCUGUCCUGCUUCGCCACCACUGUGGACGUGAGGACCACGGCUCUGGCGAUGGCCAUCACGGACUCGGAGCUCUCCGACGAGGAGGCCUCCAUCCUGGAGAGCGGCGGUUUCUCCGUGUCCCGGGCCACCACCCCACAACUGACCGACGUCUCUGAAGAUCUGGACCAGCAGAGUCAGACCAGCGACCCGGAGGAGGGUCUCCCCAGAGACCCGCCGGAGUUGCCCUCGACCGAGCGCCACCCGCCGCACUGCCCCGCGCGGCCACCGGGGGCAGCGGUCACGGCGGAGGAGCGUCAGGGCCCCCACUCCCUCCACCUGCCCUCCCCCCUGCACUUUGUCAACUCGCACUUCAACGGGAACAGGCGGGGCUCGGCGGGGGCGGGGGCGGGGCAGGGGGCGGGGCCUCGGGGCGGGAGCCUAUCGCUGGAGGCCCUGAGCCAGGAGAUCGUGAGCUCGGCCAUCUCCACCGUGGUGCAGAACACGCUGUCCGCCCUCUCCCGCCUCGGCGACCCGCCUUCCCCGCAAGGGGCGGAGCCAGAGAGCGAGGACGCUGCCACGCCUGUCGAAACGGACUCUGUGGACCCAACCACCUGUGCAGCCCACUCUGCGGUGGAGGAGGAGGAGGAGGAGGAGGAAGAGGAGUUUGAGCUGCUGGACCAAAGUGAACUGGAACAGAUGGAGGAGGAGCUUCGUCUGGAGUCUGAGGGGCGGAGACGGGACGAGGCCACGCCCACGUCCACGGACCUGCCCAGUCAGCAGUGCAAGGAGUCCUAGCUUCCUCGCCACUCCGCGUAAACUGUUUGGGUUCAGAUUAGACGCACAGCAUCGAGACAACAUCCCGUCAUAAACAUUAGGGCAUCUUGACCAGUUGCGGUCGAUCGCUGUUCAUUUGUCUGUUGUGAUCGGGUGUAAAUAUCACUGACGGUUAGUGUGUAACUGGAUCUCGCUGCUGCUGGCUGACAAAGCGGGACGUUUUCGUUUUCAAGCAGUGGAUUCAUGUCAGUUAAACUGGUUUGGAUAGUUUUUUGGUCUGGGUUUAAAUCUGUUGUUAGUGUUAACUGACCAUAAUUGUUGAUGAAUAUAUAUAUAUAUAUAUAUAUAUAUAUAUACACUCACAGGCCACUUUAUUAGGUAUACCUUGCUAGUACCGGGUUGGCUUCUGUUGCUGUAGCCCAUCUGCUUCAAGGUUUGACGC